UUUGCUGCAGUUUCUCUGCUACUACUCCACAAUUGAUACCUUGAUUUGAGUGCAUCUUCUUGGAGGAGGAAAUAGAGAAAAAAAAUGGGGUGGGCAAUUGCGUUGCAUGGAGGAGCAGGUGAUAUCCCUUUAAAUCUUCCCCAACACGAAAAAGAAGGCCGUGAAACAGCUCUCCAACACUGCCUUGAUAUUGGUGUCACUGCUCUUAAAGCUGCCCACUCUCCUCUUGAUGUCGUCGAGCUUGUGGUACGUGAACUAGAGAAUCAUCCACUCUUCAAUGCUGGCCGGGGGUCUGUCUUAAACACUGAAGGCAAUGUUGAAAUGGAAGCGUGUAUAAUGGAUGGCAACACCAAGAAAUGUGGUGCGGUUUCUGGUCUUAAAACUGUUGUGAAUGCCGUUUCUCUUGCACGCCUGGUUAUGGAGAAGACUCCUCAUAUAUAUCUUGGAUUUGAAGGAGCAGAGGCCUUUGCUAAGGAACAAGGAGUUGAAACUCAGGAACCGAGUCAUUUCAUCACUCCAGCAAAUAUUGAAAGGCUAAAACAAGCUAAAGAGGCAAACAGAGUGCAGCUAGACUACACUCAGCCCAUACAGAACGACGUGAAAAUAGAAACACACAAUGUCAAUGGUGACAGUCAAUUGGGUACAGUUGGAUGUGUUGCAGUUGAUGGUGAUGGCAAUUUGGCUGCUGCAACCUCAACAGGAGGCUUUGUCAACAAGAUGGUAGGAAGAAUCGGAGACACCCCAAUCAUUGGUGCGGGUACAUAUGCGAACACCUUUUGUGCUGUCUCUGCCACCGGAAAAGGGGAAGACAUCAUACGUGGUACCAUCGCACGAGAUGUGGCUGCACUUAUGGAGUAUAAACAUCUUUCUUUGAAAGAAGCCACUGCUUAUGUCGUGGAAAACGGUGCCCCACAAGGGAGCGUUGGACUGAUUGCUGUAUCAGCUGCAGGAGAAAUUGCUAUGCCUUUCAAUACUACUGGGAUGUUUCGGGCUUCUGCAACACAAGAUGGUUACUCUCAGAUUGCAAUACAUUAAAAGGACUUGAUUCAAGAUAGUAGAUACGGCAGAUUGUGUUGGAGCUCUUUCUCUAUGAAAAAUCUGUAUCUUGUACCAGCAUUCCACUUUGUUUGGUCCAUGGAGAUUUGCUGGUGAUAGAAUUUCCUGAAACAAACAAGACCAGUUUAGUGAAUCACAAGUUUGCCGAGCAUGAAAUUAUACAGGCUCAGAGUCAGAUAGAUUUCCUUAUCUCCAAUUGAUAUGGAUGUCAACUUGUUAUGCAAAUGGCAAUGUAGACCUUUUAUGACAAAUUUUACUGACUCACUUUCAAUAAAUUCAAGUUAUUAUCACAUAAAA